AUGAAUCAAGAUGGUCAGAGUACAGAGCAGAACGGUGUGAAGAAGGUGAAUACAUAUAUGGCACGGAAUGAUCUAUUAGAUCUGGAUAGUGGCAAGCAUACUAAUUUGAUGAAGGAUAAUGUUGAAUUGGGAUUGAAAAUUGAAGUUAAUAAGAAGUUUGAAGCGUCAGUAGAAGAUAUUGAAGAAGGUGAAAUGGUUAAUCAUCUCACAGUGGAGCAUUCAUGGGCAAACUUAGCUGUGGGGGCCAGAAAAAGUGAGGUCUGUCCGUAUUUGAAGGACAUUGUUAGGGAUUACCAUGUUUUUUAUAUUGGGAUUGUGGAAACUAAAUUCAAUAAUGUUGAUAGAAGGGAUGUGGACAGCCUGAUUGGAGGUAGUUGGGACUUCUUCCAUUUCCCUGCUAUUGGGAAUUCAGGGGGUAUUCUGAGCUCUUCUCAAGUGAUUGUUGGGGAUCUUACCACUCCUUCUUGGGGUGAUUGGAAAGUAGCAACUAUAUAUGGCAGUAACUAUUAUAUUGAAAGGAAGAGCCUUUGGAGGCUGUUAGAAAGCUCCUUGGUUGGGACGGGUCCAUCCUUGGUGGGAGGAGACUUUAAUUGCAUUUUGAGUAGGGAUGAGAAGAAGGGUGGAAAGAGGUUCCUCUUGUCAAGAGGAGCUAGGGAGAUGAGGGAUUUUAUGACUAAUUCUGAUUUACAUGAUGCAAGUUUUAUUGGAUUAAAUUUUACUUGGUACAAUAACAAGUUGGUUCCUUCUGGAAAGGUGCGGCAUCUUGCUCGGGUGGUGUCGGAUCAUUGUCCAAUUAUUUUUAAAUUGGAAACUAUACAGCAUAACAAAACAAGGUUCAUUCGAUUUGAAGAUACUUGGAGGUCAUAUCCGGCGGCUUGGAACAUUGUUUAUAAUUCUUGGAGGAGAAAGGAUUUCGGUGAUGAAGUGGAGGUCCUUAGAAGAAAGCUUAGAAGGAAGCUGCGUGCUUUGUUCUUUUGGAGCAAAAACAAAUGUAAGGAUUUAUGUAAACUAGAAGAAGACUUGAAGCUAGAAAUUCUGGAAUUAAAAAUCAAAGAGGCUUCGGUGGAGACUUUUACUGUUGAAGAUUUGGUCUUGCUAUGGAGCAAAGUUCAUGAGCUCAAUAUUACUCUUAGAAGAUUGUCUACAUGGUGGUAUCAAAGGGCUAAGGCUAGAUGGCAAGAGGAGGGGGACACAAAUUCAAUUUUUUUUCAUAACUUUGCUUCGGCUAGGAGAAAUGCAAAGUUAAUUAGACAAAUUAAAGAUGAAAAUAACCAAAUGGUGGAAGAUAAGAAUCAGAUUGAGCAGGUUUUUAUUCAGUUUUUUGAGAAGAAAUGGAGGUGUCGUGAAUGUCAGCUGACGGGUUGGCCUAGGAUUGCUGAAGAACAGAGAUUGAGCUCACUGGAUAUGAAAUUCCUGGAUGCAGAAUUUCUCUUAGAAGAAUGCAAGGAAGCUGUUUUUCAGCAAGUAAAUAAGCUGAAGAAGCUUGUGCCUAAGAUGAUUUCUGAAAAACAGAUGGCUUUCAUUCCAAGUAGAUCUAUGUCUGAGCACUGUAUUCUAACCCAUGAGAUCUUUAACAAGUUUAAAACAUCUAAGAACAAAAAAGGGUUUAUGGCGGUGAAACUUGACAUGGAAUAG